AUGGAUGCGGCGGGCGUCCGACAGGCCCUCGUAGCGGGGGCAAACGUAAAUGCCACUAACGCAGAUGAGGGUAAUAGGACCGUCUUGCACAUAGCCGCCGCGUUGAGCUCCGACGAGUGUCUUCUGGCCCUAUUGGGAAACAGCCCCAAACCGUUCCUGGGGAUGGAUGCCAGUGGACAGACGCCGUUUCACCUGUGUGCGCGCCGUACUGUCUCGCUUGUUCCUCUGGCGCUGCUCAUUCACGCCUAUGGGCUAAACAACGCGGUAGAUCACCACCUGAACACAUUUCUACACUACCUAAUGGACAACAGCCGCAUCCAUGAAGACGACCUUCUGGAGUUCAUGCGGUGGCUAACUUCCAGCGAGGCAGCCCUACCAAUACUCAACGCGAUUAACGGGCGUGGCGAGACGGUGGUUGAUCUGGUAUUGCGAACGGAAAGGCAUAGUGGCUACUUCUUGCAGCUACUGUUGAGUGCUGGGGCGCGAGAGGCGAAGGAUUUGUACGCCGUCUUACAGCGGCAGGUGAUGGCUUUGGAGGAGAAGCUCCGCCGGAGGGUGGUUGCCUCGGAAGAGAAGCAUUGGCGUCGAUUACGGCGGGCCUUCAGAAGGCAUCAUGCCACUCUGCUGCAGCAAGUGUUAAACCGUUGCAGAGUGGUACAACGAGAGGAGGACGGACGGCGUCGACUGUGGCUGGGGGAACAUAGAGAGCGGGGGUGGAUCACGGAGAAGUUGAUAAAUGACUUAUUACGUGUCACUGCAGUGGCAAGGCAGUUUCCUCAGACGCAGCGACUACUUUUUGAGCGAUAA